UUCGGCACAGCGGCGAGCCUGUGGCUGAUCCAGGCGAACUACCACAAGGCAAAGGAGGGCAAGAGCCGCAUGGACUUCGAUGGCUUCAGAGUGCUGGCCCUCUGCUCGGUAGAGGAGUGCAAUGCCAUCUUUAAGGCGCAGGGGCGCCCGCUGGUGAACGUGUUCGCGGACGAGGCCGAGGCGUUCAAG